ACAAACAAGAGGAAUCAACAGCCACUUGGCGACCCACACGCCCAUUUUUCCCUCGUUUUGACAGACAUUAUGACGGCAUGUGACUCAUGAAUGAGGACGACAAUAACACACAAGCAGCAUGUCCAUGAUCGUAGGUCAUCGGCAAAACAGCACUCACUCAACCAGGAAGAAAGUUCAGAUAUCAUUUGUGAUUCGAGAUGAGGUCGAGAAGUUUCACCGCUCGUCAGUCAACUCCCUGCAGUAUGACCCAUAUCUCCAGAGGCUGUACUCGGCCGGCCGCGACUCCAUCAUCCGCAUCUGGAACUGCAAGAACCAGAAGGACCCGUACAUACAGUCCAUGGAACACCACACUGACUGGGUCAACGACAUUGUGCUCUGCUGUGGUGGAAAGAAUUUGAUAUCUGCGAGUUCUGACACAACAGUGAAAGUAUGGAAUGCUCACAAGGGCUUCUGCAUGUCCACUCUUCGGACCCACAAGGACUAUGUGAAGGCCCUUGCCUAUGCACGCGACCGAGAGCAGGUGGCGUCAGCCGGGCUCGACAAAGCAAUAUUCCUGUGGGAUGUACAAACGUUAACGGCUCUUACUGCCAGCAACAACACUGUCACAACCUCAUCUUUGAAUGGCAACAAAGACUCCAUCUACAGCCUGGCUAUGAAUGCCCCAGGCACCGUGAUUGUGAGUGGUAGCACAGAAAAGCAGCUCCGCGUGUGGGAUCCUCGCACUGGAAACAAACUCAUGAAGCUUAAAGGUCACACAGAUAAUGUGAAAGCUCUGCUAGUGAACCGUGAUGGUACGCAGGCACUGUCAGGCAGCUCAGACGGCACCAUCAAGUUGUGGUCACUGGGUCAGCAGCGCUGCGUCACCACCAUCAGAAUCCAUGAGGAGGGCAUCUGGGCUCUGCAGGCCAACGACACAUUCACAACUGUCUUCUCGGGAGGAAGGGACAAGCGCAUAUACAUGUCUGAGACGCGUUGCCCGGAUAAGCAUGUCCUGCUGUGCGUGGAAUCCGCCCCGGUGCUCAAGAUGCUCCUCACGCCAGACAACUCCUCCUUGUAUGUGGCCACCACUAACUCGGCCAUCAAGUGCUGGCCCCUGAACAACCGGCUAUCCCAUGUGGAGGACUACUGUGAUAAUGAUGACGAGCAGGAGCUGCGCCCAGUGAUGGGGCAGCCAGACUGGAGCAUCCGAGGGGGUCCGUCCAUCAAGCAGUACACCAUCCUCAACGAUAAGCGGCACCUGCUCACCCGCGACACAGAGGAGAAUGUCGUGCUCUGGGACAUCCUUAAGGCAGUCAAAGUGGAGGACCUUGGCAAGGUGGACUUUGAUGCAGAAAAGGAGAAGAAAAACAAACCCAUUUAUGUUCCUAGUUGGUUUACUGUUGACUUGAAGACAGGAAUGCUGACAAUUCACCUGGCAGAGAAACGAGACGAGGUGGACUGCCUCUCCGCAUGGGUGUCAGCCAAGGAGGCAAAUUUCCCCACACAGGAUGGGGUAGACCUCAAAAUCAACUACGGCGAACUCCUGCUGAAGGCCCUGUUCGAGCACUGGCCAAGAACAUACAUGUCCGAGGAGAAUGAGAAUGGGGAAGGGGCCGAGGGGGGAGGCGUGGCCAACCACAACGGCCACACCCCCCGGCCGGGCAACGAGUACUUCUCCAUCCCCCCGCACACCCCGGUUAUUAUUAGCGAGAUCCAGGGGCGCACUUUGUACCGGCUGCUCUGUGGAGACGCUGGGGGAGACACGGAGGGGGUGCUGCUCAACGAGACGGUGCCGCCCUGGGUGCUGGAUAUCGUGGUCGACAAGACCACCCCCAAGCCCAAGAACAAAGUCUACUUCUUCCUGCUUCCACACGCAUCCUCAGGCAUCAAAAGAGAGAAAAAGGACCGGCUGAGUGCCAACGACUUCAUCCAGAUCCGCAAGGUGCAAGAACACGUCUACGAGAAGGUCCUUGGGGGAGGGAGCGAUGCUGGCUCCACCACCAACAACAAUGACCGAAGCAGCGACGACAAGGCUGAAACCGCCUCCAUUGCUGAGGACCGAGUCCAGCUGCUGUGUAAUGAUAAAGUAUUAGACCCCAAUAUGGACCUACGAACAGUGCAACAUUUCAUAUGGGGUAACACGUCUCAAGAUCUCGUGCUUUUCUAUAGACCAAUUAAGUGAGAUCAGGCCUGUGCGUUGGGUUAGCAUUCCUUACUAUAUAUGUAUAUAUAUAUGUAUAUG